AUGUUCGGCCUCCGGCGCGUGCUGCUACAGUCCUCCCGGCGCACGGCGGCGAUCCGCUGCGCGUCGGCCGUCCCCUCGGAGUACCAUGCGCCGGGCUCCCACUCCGCGGACCAGUCGCGCCGGGCCGCCUGGCGGUCCUACCUCGCGUCGGGCCGGGGCAGCUGCAAGCUCUUCGAGGUCAUCGACGUCAAUCGCAGCGGGACCAUCAGCGCCCUCGAGGUCCAGGGCUUCGUCGAGUCCGUCGGCGGCGAAACGUCGGGCGUCAACGCGACGGCGUGGCACGCGCUCGAGCUCAUGAGCGAGGACCACGAGCUCACCCUCGAGGAGUUCCGCAAGUGGCUCGUCGCCGCGACCAAGUUCGCGCCGGAGACCGACGCCAUCGUGCUCCAGUCCUCCAAGGCCGUCGAGGAGGGCGCGACGAAGGGCGCCUACGCGAUCAACGCGAGCAACAUGUCGCAGGCGCUGCGCAAGAUGCAGUACGCGGUCCGCGGCGAGGUCGUCAUGAAGGCCGACGCCCUGGAGCAGGAGGGCAGGGAGCAGCGCAAGGAGAUCCUCUACACGAACGUGGGCAACCCCCACUCCGUGGGGCAGAAGCCGCUCACGUUCUUCCGCCAGGUGCUGGCCCUCUGCGACCUGCCCGCGGAGCACGGCGUCGACCACCCGAACGCGUCCGCCAUGUUCCCGGCCGACGCCAUCGCGCGAGCUCGCGACAUGCGCGCGGCCAUCGGCGACGCGGGCACGGGGUCCUACACGAACUCCCAGGGCAUCGCCCAGUUCCGCGGCGACGUCGCGCGGUACCCCAUCUACUCGGCGCUGGUCGCCUUGCUCGGCGGCCGCCAGGUCGGCUACGAGCUCGACGAGGACGCGGGCUGGGAGGUCCACGUCGAGACCCUCGAGACGCAGCUCGCGAGCGCCCGGGCCGACGGUCUCACCGUGAAGGCCCUCGCGCUGAUCAACCCGGGCAACCCGACGGGCCAGGUCAUGUCGCGCGAGGCGCUCGAGGGCGUCGCCCACUUCUGCAAGCGCCACAACAUCGUGCUGUUGUCGGACGAGGUCUACCAGCGCAACGUCUACGCCGACGACAAGGAGUUCGUGUCCAUGAAGAAGGUCGCCGUCGAGUCGUGCCCGGACCUGGAGCUCGUGUCGUUCCACUCGACGUCCAAGGGCUUCAUCGGCGAGUGCGGCCGCCGCGGCGGCUUCAUGGAGCUCUACAACGUCGACCCCUACGUCCACUCGCAGAUCUACAAGCUCGCGUCCUCGGGCCUCUGCUCCGGCGUCGCGGGCCAGAUCAUGACGUCCCUGAUGGUGAACCCGCCCGCGGAGGGCGACGCGUCCUUCGAGAGCCACGCGGCCGAGGAGUCGGCCAUCUUCGAGUCUCUCAAGCGCCGCGCGGCGUCCCGUGGCCGCGACGAUUUUCGAGAGACGCGCCGCGCGACGCUCAUGGUCGACGGCCUCAACUCCAUCCCGGGCGUGUCCUGCCAGCCGGCCGAGGGCGCCAUGUACGCGUUCCCUUCCGUCGAGCUCCCGCCGAAGGCGAUCGCCCACGCGCUCGCGACGGGAACGUCGCCGGACAACCUCUACGCGCUGUCCCUCCUCGAGCAGACGGGCAUCUGCGUCGUCCCCGCGAGCGGCUUCGGCCAGGCCGAGGGCCGCGCGGGCUUCCGCACGACGUUUUUACCCUCGGAGGAGGCGCUCGGCGCCGCCGUGGAGAAGCGGCCCGUGGGCGCCGGGCCUCCGCCGGACGACGGGCCUCCGCGUCGUCCGCAGCGCGACGCGCGUCUCGCGCCGCGGCGCCGCGGCGCGCGCCGUCGGCCGCGCGGCGUCGGCCAUGCCGGCGCGGUUGACGAGGUAGUCCGCGCCGGACCAGAGCGUCGUCGCGGCGACGCCGCAGCAGAGCGCGUCGACGUGGUGCGGCGCGAUGCCGAGCGGCGCGGCGAGGGCGCAGCCCUUCAGCAUGGCCGUGCCCAGCAGGCCGAACUGGAGGGCCGGCCUCGACGGGUCGCGCGCCUGCCGCAGCUUGUAGCGCGUGCCGAGGAUCAGGCCCGCGUCGCGCGCGACGACGAGCGCCGCGAGCUGCCAGGGCAGCUCGCCGCGCGCCGCGAGGGGCACGGCGAGCGCCGCGACGAGCGCCUUGUCGGCCAUGGGGUCCAAGAACUUGCCGACGACGGACGUCUGGUUGUAGUUCUUCGCUAUAUACCCGUCGAGCCAGUCCGUGAAGGCGAGGCCCGCGGUGGCGGCGACGGCCCAGUCGUGGUGGCCCUCCCAGACGAGCCAGCCGACGCCGGGCGCCGCCGCGAUGCGCAGCGCCGACAGCGCGUUGGGGAUCGUGUACCGGCAGGUACGUCUAAGGAAGGCCCCAGCAAAGUCUCACGCCCAACCGUGAGGGUGUUGCAGCGAUCGGAUGGCUGCCUUCGUGGACCCUCCGAAGCGCUCGCAGCAGCCGCCGUAGUCGCGCGCGGCGCGGAAGGCGGUCCCGUCGACCGACCUCCACUGGUUUGCACUGCGGAGCGCACGGGCUGGUUUCGCGACGCGUUCGGCGUGCCGUUUUGCGAUGGGAGCUGCUUUGUAUAUGUCUCGACGUGUUCCAACCCGCGGGUGCGCUGGGAGACGGAUUUCGCACGCGCUCGCGACCUCGACGCGGUGGCGCGAACGCUGUACCGAGAUCAUGACGUGCUUUUGUACGUCAAAACAGACUUCUCCGAGAGCGCGCGAGCUACGACGGCUGACGAACGGGCCCCUACGACUCGCCCAAGGUGUCGGACGCGUCCCUGCGACUCGUUCUGGCUUGCCGACGGUUUCGGGGUCGUUUUCGGUGCCCGAGAGGCGCUGUUUUCGCCGACGAGAAAACGCUGCCGUCGCGCGCAUGGAUUCCAGCCGUUCCGCUUCCCACGCGCUCCAGAUAUGUUGCACCGACAACGCGGUGCAAAAGUAGUCGCGCGAACGCGGUCGCGCGCACUUUGCGCGAGUUCGGGCGUGCCAGGAGUCGCAGGGGCGUCGAUCGUGUCCUAUCGUAACCCCAUCGUCGCGCUGCGCAAGCGGUUCCGCGUCUUGGCGUCCGUCGGCGUUUUGGCAGCGUUCGCGGUCGUGUCGGCGUUUCGGCGCUCGUCUCGAACGCGCGGCCGCGGAGUCGAAACAGUCCCCGAGGGUGUUCUCGCGGUUCAGUCCGCUCGAGGCGUGUAUGGAGCAGACCGCGGUAACAAAACGGCUCUCUAUGAUGCCACGAGCGGCUCGGAGAGGUGGGAUCGACACGAUUUGAGCAUAUAUUCGUCGAGAGCGCGACCUCCGCGCGCCCGCGCGCCCGCGAUUCGCUGGAAAAAAGUAGUCAGGCCCACGCGUUGGGUCUAUGCGCCGCGCGUCACGGCUUUACCGCGCUCAAAUCGACGCGGUACAGCCGCCGUCUCGGCCAGACGGCGGCGGCGCCAGCGGCUGAAACAGGCCAAAAGGCAGUGCACUGCGGCGGCGAUCCGUUGA